AUGAUGGAAAUAUCACCACCAUUUUGCUCUAUGAUAUUGUUAGUCAUUUUAUUGUUUCUAUCGUUAUUUUCGUUUUCAAAUAUUCAUGCUCAUCGUUGUAGCGAAAGAUUCUUGUCUGAGGCAAAGCAUAGAAAUCUACUUAACAUAACAUUUUCCAAGCGAUAUAAAGAAGGCAAUGGAGUUGAAGUAGCCAUGUAUCUACACGAAAAAUCUCGAAGGCUUGACAUAAUGAUGGGAGCUAAGUUAGAAGAAGAAACAGGAUGGCUAGCCUGGGGUUUGAACCCUGGACCAGAAGCUAGAAUGGUUGGGACACAAGCUCUCAUAGGUAUAAAGUCCAAGAAUGGAGAGUUACUAAAGGAUACAUACAACAUCACUAGCUAUACCAAAAAAGGCUGUCAACUAUUGCCUUCUCCUAUUGACUUAAACAUAAGCAAUUUCAAUUUCCUUUACAUUAGUACGCUUGAAUAUCAUGUCAUACAAGCAACUGUUAUUCUUCCAAUGAAAUAUGAUGUAUCAAGGUUAAAUCAAGUGUGGCAAGUUGGAAUUAAUGUGGCAGUAGGGAAGGAACCAAAGAUGCAUCCGAAAGGCCUCAUGAAUUAUGAUAGCACUGAAACAAUUAACUUGAGGACAGGUAAAGGUCGAGGCAAUAGAGUUCAUAAAUCUAGCCAAGUUAGACAAGUUCAUGGGAUAUUAAAUAUUAUUGGGUGGGGUACGUUGCUUCCUAUUGGUGUGAUUAUAGCAAGGAAUUUCAGAGAGUUUCCAUUACCUUGGUUGGCUUGGAAAAAAUAUCAUAUUUCAUGCCAGAUACUUGGAUACCUUGUGGGAUCAACAGGCUGGGCUGUUGGAAUAUGGCUUGGCAAAGCAUCCAAAUAUUACUCCUUUCCCAAACAUGGAACUUUUGGCAUCUUCAUCUUCACUUUUGCCACCAUACAAAUGCUGUUUUUCAAAUUUAAACCAGGCGAUCGCGAUGAAUUUCGUAUGUAUAGGAACAUGUUCCAUCAUGUUGUUGGAUAUUCAUUACUCGUUGUGAGUUGUAUCAACAUAUUGAAAGGGAUAAAGAUAAUGCAUCUUGACAACACAUACUGGCUACCGGCUUAUUUCGGAAUAGUUGGUUGUCUGGCAUUCAUCUUUCUUGUCUUUGAAAUUGUUUCUUGGUUCAAAUUUUUAUCUGAUAAGUUUGGUCUUUGGAUCUUAUGUGCCAAGUACAUACAAAAUGAGGAAGCAAAUAAUACGAAAAAAGCUUCAAGAGAAGAUGGCAAAGUUCAGCAUAGUGAUACAAUAACAGACACCGAUACAAGGAAGUAAUUGCUAAUCUAUUUUUUUUGUCCAAUUAAUUGUAAGUUUGUGUUUGGAAUUUUUUUACAUUUUUGUGUGGUAGAAUAUCAAGGCGUAUUUAGGAUUUAUGGAGGAUUAUGCAUUGGCGCGUACUAUUACCGCUUGAUUUUUAUAAAUAAAUUAUUAUUCAAUAUUCGAUAUUCA